AUGCUCUCCACCGCCGUCCCUCUCUUUCGGCGGUCCGUCGAGGACGGCACCGUCAACUAUGAGCUGCCACCGUGGUCACUCUGGGUCAUCCUCAUCGACCUCGUCAUCUUUCUGCCUCUACUCUUCUUUGCCACGUACACCGUCAGCACAAUCUACCCCGUCUUCUCCAUGGUCGAGGAUGAGAACCCGCCCGCCUACGCGCCCCUCUCCGCCGACGAAGAGCAUGCUACUGCCGGCGCCGCUUCCCAUCUCGCAGCCCGCCCGACCGGCGGCGGGCCCCCCCGCACCGUCACCUCGUCCCUGCGCGCCGUCACGCGGCUCCUCUACGCCGUCGCCGGCUUCCGGGGCUUCUUUCGGGGCAUCCUCUUGCAGCUGAUCCAGCACCUCCUGGCCGGUAUUCUCAUCGAAAUCUUCACGCAGGCUCUCGGCCUCGCCUUCACGCCUCUCGCCACGCUCCUCGCCUCCCUCACCCUCGUCCAGCUCUCCGCCGCCUGGGUCCACAUUGUUCUCACCUACCCCGUCCCUGGCGUCUCCCACUUUCGCCGCCUCCCGCCUUUCAAGCGCGCCUUUGACGCCACCUGGCGGCCUAUCCUCCUCAACUGGGUCGCCCGCGAGGUCGUCCGCUGGGUGCCCGCCGUCCUGUUCGCCAUCCUCCGCGUCAACGUUCCCGAGUUCAAGAAUGGCGGGCGCACCGACGUCAGCGACGUUACCGCCACCGAUAUGGUCAAGAUAGUCGUCAUAGCCGUCAUUUCCGCCUUUGCCGGCAUUGCCUUCGUCAUCCCCACGCACGUCAUCCUCGUGCGCGUUCAGGCGUCGCUUCUCCCCGUCGAAGACGACGCUAUCAUCCCCUUUGACCGCUCCUUCCAGGGCAAGGUCGAGCCGGCGGUCGCAGGCGGCCGUGGCUACGCCACCAUUGCCGAGGCGUGGUCCACGUUUAGCCGCGCGGGCUGGCGCCGUCUCAUUACGCUCUACAUCAAGGCCUUUCUCGUCACGAUGGGUGUCUACGCCCUCAUUGUCGCCGUCGCUAUUCCCGAAUUCCUCCUCAUGGUGCAAAAGACCUCUGGCGACGGCGAUGAGCUGUAG